GCAAUACCUUCUCACUGUACGCUUCUUUUUGAUCUAUCGCUCCCAGACUUUCCUUCUUUCCUUCUAACCGUUUUCUCCUCAACGGAAACAACUUUCUAGCUUUCUCCUGUUCAACAGCAUCAACUGGAAAAAAAAAACACGUCAACUCCACCAUGGUCUGCGUCCCUCUCGUCUACAGCGGCAUUCUUGGCUGCACCGCCUGCAUUGCCGGCGCCGUCGGCUCUCAUGGCCUGAAGAGCAAGACCGAGGAGCAGCGCAACGCUUUCUUGAUCGGCGCACACUACCAGCUGAUGCACAGCAUCGCCGCUCUCGGUGCGGUGGCCUUCGGUCAGGUCGUCAAAACGACGAGCCCGGUCGCGGCGAAGCGCUUCACCAUCGCGGCGUGGUUGUUCCUGGCCGGCACCACUCUCUUUUCGGGCACGAUUUACGCGCGCACCUUCGGCGCCCCGAAGGAAAUGGGUCGGUUGGCUCCCACGGGCGGCUACGUUAUGAUGGGCGGUUGGGCGUGCCUCGCCGCGGCCGCUUUCGCACUUUAG